AUGGUUCCUGAUAAGAAAGAGGUCGCCAAAAAAGAAACUCCUAAAACGACAAGUCGCCAAGGAAAAAAGGAUACUCCGAAGCAGGCAAAGGAGAAGGAAAACACCGAAGAGGAUAAUACUCCUAAGCAAACCAAAGCAGGGAGAACUGGAAGAUCAACUGGAAAGCGGAAGACUUUGGAUACUCCUGAAAUCACUCAGGACAAGGAGACUGUGGAAAGCGAGAAUCCACCUAAACGUCGCAGCACCAGAACCACUAGGAGCACCCGUUCUAUGGCAGAUAGUGGAACUCCAUCCCCCGAGAAGGAAAAACCCGAAAAACUUCCUUUCAUCAAGUACAAGGGGGCCAUAAAAUAUUAUACAGAGAGUCAAGACAUUGCUGCUUCGGCCGACGAUGUCAUGCAAUGGGUAGAUAAACAGAAGGAGGAAGUUGUACCUAUGGCUUUUGACAUGGAGUGGCCAUUCUCCUUUCAAACCGGACCAGGAAAGACCUCAGUCAUUCAGAUAUGCGUAGACGAAAAAUGUUGUUAUAUCUACCAGCUGACCAACGUAAAGAAACUACCAUCGGCUCUGGUGGCCCUUAUUAAUCAUCCCAAAGUGCGACUACAUGGAGUUAACAUUAAGGCUGAUUUCCGUAAAUUGCAAAGGGAUUACCCCGAAGUAUCCGCCGAUGCGUUGAUCGAAAAAUGUGUGGACUUGGGCGUUUGGUGCAAUACGAUUUGUGAAACUGGCGGUCGCUGGAGCUUGGAACGUCUAGCCAACUUUAUAUGCAGAAAGGCUAUGGAUAAAAGCAAGAAAGUGCGCAUGAGUAAGUGGCAUGUCAUCCCGCUGGACGAGAAUCAACUUAUGUAUGCCGCCAUCGAUGUCUACAUUGGUCAAGUUAUUUAUCGGGACUUGGAACAGCGAGAAAAAACAAAACUCAAAAAUGAAGAGAAAUUUAAAGAAGAAAACGGCGAAACUGCCUUUAAAGCAGUAAAGGCCUUGGGCGAGAAAUUUCUGUCAAAAAUGAACGAGGUGGCGUUGUGAAAGGUUUUGGACACGGCCCGUUUUCAGUGCACAUUUGGGAAAUUUUUGAUCUUAUACAUUUAGUUUGCAUUACUAGGAUAUUUUUACCAAUUUCAUAAGAUUUUACAAAUUAUUCCAUUGUUAAUUUACUAGACUUUCAAUUGAAUAUGUAAUGAUAAGAAAACUUUAUACAUUUAUACAAAAAGCAUGUUAAUCUUGUAUGCGUCUUCAUUAGUAUCUUAUUGUUGUUCA